AUGGUGCAGGUCUACGGUCGGGCAACCAUUUGCCCUAAUACAAGGGAUGCGCUAACGGGGUGGGGUUUUUACGACAUCUGGGCGAUUUUAGCCCGGCUUGGGGAAGAAGGAUUGAUGGGCUUCCAAGAUGUAUCUGGAUUGGGUUCGGGAUCUGAUGUUGAACAUGGUGAUGGAAGUGGAAGUGGGGAUGAGGAUGGGAAUCCACCCCAUAGCCAGAGUCCAGACUUGGAACGGGUGAAGACGGCGGUGACCGGAGCUGGCGGGUAUGGUGACGACACCUGGGCAAAUUGCUCAUGUGCCAUUAGAAGUAUGUUGUAA